UCGCCUGGAUUUCUUCGUAUUCUCGAUUUUUAUCAUCUCACCAAAUCAAUUCGCUUUUUAAGUCAUAGCCCUGGAUUCCAUCAGUAAAAAUGGCGCCAAUGAAAAACGAUAAAAGUAACAAUUGUAGUAGUAGUUAUGGCGAGGCCGUGGCCCGUCAGGUCAAUGUCCUCGCCAGCUGCUACCUCGUCGAUCCCACUGCCUCGCUAAAGGGUCUUCACUACUGCACUACCGGGGCUGCAGGUAAGUCACAUAUCUCCAUCCGAGAAACAUUCCCCUCCCUCCUUUCUCCCCUUUCCCACCUUUAUUAAUAUCUUUAUUAAUAUGGGCAUUCCUUACUAACUGAUUAUUCAAAAUAGGGGCCGAGUGGUAUUCCUGAGGUCCCUAUCUCAGGAUUACC